AUGAGACAAGAAUCAGAUUGUCUUAAUGCAAGCAAUAAUUAUGCUAUAGGUGAUACAGAAUCAGAAGAUAAUAGUAUUAAAUUUGAUCAUGAAUCUGAACCUGAGGCAACUGAAAUUGAUACAAUGUUAGCUGAAAUUCAGAAAUAA